AUGAAGGGAACCACUCAGGCAUCUGACAAUGGUGGAUCCCUAACACAGACACAGGCAGCAGUCAGCGUUCAACUCGUACCUGAGAACCUCCAGACGUCAAAGAGUGUCAUGAACAUUGAAGCCAUUAUAGGCAUUGUGGCUGUGGUUGUUGCUAUUCCUCCGACUGGCUACAUCAUCUACAAGUGGUACAACAAACGUCAACGCAAUGCUUCAUCGUUGGAAUAUGGCAACACGGUCGACUAUGUUGGAACACAUAGGCCGGAGUCACAAAUGUUCGUUUUGAUGACUGAGCGCCAGGUCACCUUUGGCCUCAGAGUUUAG